AUGACCGACCAGUUCCAUCCCGGCGGCGGCCAUCAUUUCAACGGAUUCCAACCACACCCAGCAUCAGCAUACACCUACUCAGACGAACAACACUCCCUGCCAUCGAUUGACUUCAGCGCUUGGCAAGCCUACUUCAGCGGUGUUACAGAAACCCAGCCCAGUGGAUCCCACCAGAACCACUUUGAUGGAUCGCCGCAAGCUUAUUUUGGCGGAUCACCGCAAGGCUACUUUAACGGAUCGUCGCAAACCUCCUUCGGAGGAUGUCCUCAAGCUUACUUUGCAGUAGCCGGGAGCUCGUGCUCACCGAAUCGGUUUGAAAGUUCGGGUGCAGCUUGCUCAUUGAACGCUAACGCCCAUCAGAAUCACGCAAGUCCAAGACCUUCAGAAACCAGCGUGUCUGGUCUAGAUCCAGUCAGCGACUUCGGCUUCGCAUCCAGCAGCAGCUACAACCGCAACCAGCACGAUGUCAACGGCUUCAGCGACGCAGAAUUGUAUCAGUCUCCGCCGUGGUAUCCUGGCAUGCCGCAACACCAUUCGUCUAGCCAUUCAUACGCAGCAUCCACAUCACAGUCUCCCGAGAAUUCACAUCACCGUCAAUCCCGCAGCAGUCCAUCCGAAACUCAGCAGCGGAAAGAUGAUGCAGCCCACCGAAGCGCCGAGGUAGAGCGUCGCAACAGACUAAGGGGAGAGGAGAAGGAGCGCAGAAAGGUGGCAAUACAGAAGCAAGUCGAUGAUGGCAUCAAAGCUUUCAAGCUCGAGAAGGAACGCGAAACGGCCCGCUUAGAAACGUAUCGCGAUGCUUGCCGAAAGUGGCUGUCUGAACCACAGCCUUCUCAGACAACCUCGUCUGCCGAACCUUCAGGUGAAGCUGUGGACGUAUAUGCGGCCCUUGGGCGUCAGCUUCGAGGUUUCUGGCGGGACUCAAGACCAUCCCCAUCACGGCAAACACAGCGCGACGAGGUGAUUGUCGACGUUCAGCGUGCGAUCAAUCGCAAGUGGCCUGGCCAGGGGCUCAGAGUGGCAGCGUUCGGUUCCAGCGUGACGGGCCUCGCCACCGAGUCGUCUGAUUUGGACCUGGUCUUGCUCGACCCUACGCGUCCUUACGGGGUCGGUGCCCCUUCCGAGCUGUGCCGUCAACCCAACAGCUUUGUCCGUCAUUCCAGCGGGAUGCCAGAAUGGUACAACACUCACCAAGUUGCUAGCGCGAUCAAAGCUUCCAGCAAGUUCCGCAACGUUGUCUCCAUUAGCGGUGCCAGCGUUCCUAUUGUCAAGAUGAUCCAUGGAAAGUAUGACAUUCCUUCCGAUAUCAACAUCAAUGAGCGCUUCGGUCUCUUCAACUCUCAGCUUAUCUGCGCCUACGCCGACCUGCAACCCGACAUCGUACGUCCACUGAUCUUCUUUUUGAAGCACUGGUACUCUCAACGCGAGUUGAACGAUCCAGCCGGAAAGCGCGGCUCGAUGACGUUCAGCAGCUACACUAUCGCACUUAUGGCGUUGCAGGUGCUUCAGAUCGAAGGACUGCUGCCCAACUUGCAAAGUACAGAUCUACUCAACCGAAUAAAUGUCCGACCCAACUUCCUCUAUUCCCGACCAAAGCGACCCAGGCGGCGCGGGAAUGGUCGACACGACCUAAUACAGGAGACAGUUACACCACCACAGAAGUACAAUGUCGCAUUCGCGUCCAGCCAGAUCGACGUCGAGCAAUACAGGAAAAGGGCGAUCGAGAUUUCCAACAGCGACGCUUUGGCGACAACUGAAGGUACGCAGGCAUCAAGCACAGACCGAGUUCUUGGUAAGGCGCUUGCCUCCUUCGUGCGCUUCUAUGCAACUCUGGAUCGUCGCUCGCAAGUCAUCUCAGUGGUCAAUGGCGCACCGUCACAACGCAAACGCAGCUCGCAAGGGCACCACGUACUUUUCGACUCUGCUAGCGAGGACGAAGCUGAGAUCAACGGGAACGAGCGAGAGGAAGAGGUUGCUUUCGAGUCUCACCAGAGCGCGUCUAGAGAUGCCGAAGGACGUGCGGCUGUGCGUGCCGAACAGGCAGAUGUGUGGGAGGGCGAUGAAUUGGUUGUCCAAGAUCCAUUUAUCACCGACCGCAACACUUCGCGAAACAUCAAGGCUAAUUCCAUCGAGAGAUGGCAAGGCGAGAUGAAGCGUGCUAUUCACUUGCUGGGUCUCGACAGGUUCGACAAGGAAGCGACUGUGCAGUCGGUCAAAAUCCCGCUGGUUCUCGACCUUUGCAUCCCGCAGACAGUGCUAGACGACUUGGAAGCUACCGGACGACAACAAGCGAACGAGGUUACAUCAUCAGCAGCAGCUCCAAAUGAGCCUUGGCGCAUCGAAGAAGAAACAGCAGCCGCAGAGAAGAAAAUCGCUCGGCAAGCGGCUGAAGCAUUGCGCAAAGAGAAGAAGAAGAAUGCAAGGAGAGCCAGGAGUCACAACGCUCGACUGUUGCAAAAAGAGGCAGCCAUGGUGGAGGAUAUGAUUGAUGGCAUCGAGACUGGCCGGAUCACUGGAAUGAUGACGGGGGAUGAUCGACAUGAGAUAUGGCGCUUGAGGGCCGACAACAGCAACAAUGGUACAGUCCAGAAGCCGACGCCGAUCCCGUUUACCUUCAGCGUAGCUAAGUCGCCCGAGAAAUUUGCGGCUCAAGCGAUGGCGGCUGGCGACGCGACACUUAGCCCUACUUCGUCUGUUGGCACCAGCAAGACAGACGGCUCAUCCUCUUCUGAAGACAUCGACCUUGUAGCUCUACGUCUGAAGCGGGACACACUCACCGCCGAGGCAUAG